AGCUGGAGCCGGAGCGAUUUAACAAAUCUCGUCUCUACAUAGUAAAAAAGAUCGUCACUUACAUCCGAGCUUCACGAUCUGACUUCUAGUCCAUUGGGUCAAAUUAGCCAACCAAUUGAAACAUAUAAACUCGGCUAGCAUACCUUAGAGAUUAGAGAUUAAACCAUGGCCCCAUCACGGGCCCCAACACGCCUGGCAACAACCCUCCUACGCCAAACCACCCGCACCCGCACCCGCACUACUACCCCCAUCCUCCCCCGCCACUACCACUCCUACGACCACCCACCACCCCCCAGCACCUUCAGCACCGCCGAGCGCGCCAUCCUCUCCUCCGCCUACAAGCACGUCCCCGAGCACGGCUUCACCCAGCACGCCCUAGCCCUCGGCGCCCGCGACGCCGGGUACCCGGACAUCAGCACGAACGUCGUGCCCGAGGGACCGUAUAGCCUGAUCCGGUACCACCUAGUAACAAAACGGGAGGCGCUGGCGCCGUGGGCCAAGGCCAUUUUCGGUAGCGAGGGGGAGCAAGGGGAGUUGUUGAAGGUGCCCGAGAAGGUGGAGAGAUUGACGUGGGAGAGAUUGGUAUCGAAUUCGGAGGUUAAUCAUCGGUGGCAGGAGGCCCUAGCCCUAAUGGCCCAACCCUCCCACAUCCCCUCCUCCCUCCACGAACUCGCCCUCCUCGCCGACGAGAUCUACUUCCUCUCCGGCGACACAUCAGUCGACCCAUCCUGGUACACGAAGCGCGGCACUCUCUCCGUCAUCUACGCCUCGUCCGAGCUAUUCAUGACCAACGACCGGUCCCCGGGGUACGGCGAGACGCGGGCCUUUUUACAGCGGCGCCUCGACGAGACGAGCACCGUGGGCGGUGCCCUAGGCAGCGUCGCCCAGUGGGUUGGGUUUACGGCGUCUGCGGGUGUGAAUGUGUUGAGGAGUAAGGGUGUUAGAAUAUAAGAUAAGUUGGGAUAACUAAGUUGAGUUGAGGAAGUCUGAGUAUUUCCGGGCGGGCUUACUAGCCUGUGGGAGGGCAGAAGUCUGAAGGCGUACUCGAUAGAGAAACCCGGUAUGUAUUCUACAUAAUUACUAUUGGUAACGGUUACAGGCAGGUGGCGUCUACAAAAUGAGAUCAAGACUACAGCGGUAGUCAAGUCGCAGAUAUAUGCGUAAUCUAUAUUGAACAGCUCGGCUCUAUUUGUACAAUAUACUCGAAAAGGCAAUGAAGCCAACACUAGUUUACGUCCGGACCUUUACUUUUUUCCUUCCCU